AUGAAUGAAAAUGGCAAUAACAAUAAAAGGCAAUCAGAUAUUCAAGGCGACUCGAUUUCACUUCCGCUGUCCUUGGAACAAGCUGAUGCAAAAACGUCUGAUGAAGAUAUAGUAUCAUCUAAAGUUAUAGUAAAGCAGUUGCCUUAUAACUUUUCUGUUACAUCAGAUGAAAAUUUAAGUGAAAAGUUGCGUUGUGGAAUUCCAAAAGGAAAUAAUACUUCCGUUUCUUGCAACGUUUCUGCCAACGAUUAUGUAAUAGUUAUUUGGAAUGAAAGGAAAUACCCAGGACAAAUUGUUUCUGUGACUGAAGAUGGGGCGCUAGUAUCUUGCCUUAAAAAAUCCAAAGAAUUUUGGCGCUGGCCUGUGAUAAAAGACUUACAACUGUAUAGUUGGGAUAGUAUUGUAUGCCAAAUAGCAAUUCCUAAGUUUGCAAAAAAAAGCUGUUUUAUUAUUCCACAAAUGGAUAAUGUAUAA